GGCGAUAAUAUUGAUAAUAAAUAUGAUUAGGUGUCUGGCGAGUGCUUUAUUCAUCGGUAAUUGUUGUAAUACGAAUAUUUUAAACUGUGUGUGUCAGUCCAGUCAGUUCGUUAGGUGCUGUUUGUUUUAUGUUUUGAUGUAGUAUUCAGUUAUCAUUCAACAUGAGUGAAAACAAUGAGGCUAUGGAAUAUGAAACUACUAAGAAUGAUAAUAUUGAUGAAUUAAGUCUACAACCAGGGUACAGUGGUACAGAACCGUAUGAUUAUCCAAGAUCUUAUGAUAAUUCAGAACUAUAUGAUAAUUCUGGACCAUACGAUGGUUCGGGAUCUUCUGAUGAUUUAGAACAAGAUUAUUAUCCAGAAACUAAUGAGUUGGAAUCAAAAGAAGAAAGUGAACCUUUGUUUGUUAUAGACAGAACUAAAAACUUUAGGCUAAAUCGUCCGAUAGAAUACGAGAGUUCGUUUAAUAAAAAUAAAUGUGGAAAAAAUAAUUUUGGUGCACAAAGACAGAAUUCAUGUUGGAAUUGUAAUUCUGUAGAUCAUUCGUUGCAUAAUUGUCCAGAACCUAGAGUUCAAUGGAAAAUUACAAAAAACCGACAGACUUUUCUUAUGCAAAAACAACAACAACAAAAUUCUGGUGGUAGAAACUUCAAAAAUCGAUAUGGAAAUCAUAAAAAUGUACGAUACUUUAUAGCAGGAACUAAAACUUUAUGGAGUGAUUUAACACCUGGUAAAUUAAGUGAUAGUUUAUUAAAUGCAUUGGGUGUUCCUAAAAAUGGACUCCCAAUACAUAUCUACAGAAUGCGUGAACAUGGUUAUCCUAGUGGAUGGCUAGAAGAAGCUAGAGAAGAAUAUUCUGGAAUUUCAAUAUAUACUACACCUAACGAAUGUUUACCUCUUCCUGGCAGAGAAAAUGGAACAAAUGAUUACUUCCAUUGCAAUAUUAAUGAAAGAAAAUUACACGAAUAUCCUGGAUUUAAUGCACCUUGUCCACCAGAUGUUAUUGAUGAAGCGAAAGCAUUUGGUUGUCCUGAUUAUAAUCCUGAGCAAAGCCUUAAACAUAUGUUUAAAAGAUUAAAAACUGGCCAAGUUGGUAAUAAUGGAAUACCAUUGUCGUCUGGAGCUAGUAGUCAAAAUACAUGUUUUGCAUCUACCAAAAAUGAAUAUUCAACUGAAGGAAAUACCUUGGAUUUAAAAAUUAAUGAAAAAUUAAAAGAUGGACCACCCUCAUCGCCAGAAGAUGGAGAAAUUACAGAAGAUGAAAGUAAACCAGAAAAUAAUGAAGAUGAGGUUCCAUCUAAUGCAAUAGUGCCGGAAAUUGAUGAGCAAAAUAAUUCAAAGUCCUUUGAAAGUUGUAUAGAUACUCAAAAUGAUUCCCAAACAAAUUUCUCUGAUUCAAAAACUAUGGACAAUGAAUUGACCUCAACACCAACAUCAAAAAGGCAAUUUGGUGACGUUAAAUCUGAAAUCCUUGGCACUCCAGUUCUCAAAAACUUUUCUUCUUAUGGAAACCGACCAACUCAUGAAAAUUUUGCUAAAGGAAUGGUUGAUAUGGUAGAUCAUGAAAACUUACCAAAUGCUAUAGGGACAUUUAAAAAGUUAAAAGAAAUAUUGAAAGACGUACGCAAGACAAUUAAAGAUUUAAUAUGAUUUCAGACAAUUUACUCCUAAAUUUUUUUAGACAAAAUUAUUUUGUCAUUCAUAAAAUCCAAUUAAAAAUUCAUCAAUAUUUGUAAUGAAAAAACUCAAUUCAUGAACUAUUAAUGACAAAAUACCUUCAUUAGUAUUGUUUUCUUAUCAAUUUAUAAUUAUACAUUUAUGAUAAGUAUAAAACAUUGAUAUUAAAAAAACUUAAUUAAAUAAUUUUAGACUUAUUUUUUUUCACUUUGUACUUAAUAAAUAUAAUUAUCUAUGGGAGGAAGAUAAAAAAAAUACUGAGACUUACUAUAAAUAAUAUUAUAACGUAGUAUAUAAUUAUAUUAGAACUCAUUUUAUUAUGAUAAGUACUAGUAUAUACUAGUUGUGUCAUAUUGACAUUAAACUUCAUUAUUAUUAUGUUAAAACAUAAUUUCAAAAAUGAUAUGUUUGUAUUUACUAGCCAAAUCUUUUAUCUAACAACACAUUGUUUCAAAACUAUAAAUAUUUCAUCACAUAAUUUAUAGUCAAAAUUAAACUUAAUAUUUUAAGUCUUUUACUUUUGAAUGACAAAAUACAUUUUUAAUAUAAUACUUUAAAAUAGAAUGCUUUUUAGUUAAGUAUCUCAAUACAUAAUCAAAAUUUAGAAGAGUAAUUUAUAAGUAAUACUCAAAAUCUAGCUGAACAAAAUGGAUUGAUAUAGAGAUAUUUUGCAAAAUAUUGGUUUACUGCUUCAUUCACUUAAACUUUAAAUACUUAUAAGUUAUAACUCAUUAAUUACUCAUCUGAAUUUUUAUUUUUAUUUAUUAGAUACUAGAAAAAAUAUUUAGUUGUAAUAUAUGAAAUUAAAAAUGUAUGUUGUCAUUAAAAAAUAUAAAUAGUAAUAAAUUUUUUUUUUUAAUUUUGAUUUACUUAGACUAGAAAUUAUGUAAUAAUUUCUUUUAUAGAUUAAAAUUUAAAAUUUAUAGAUAUUGAAAUAAUGAGUAUUGUAUGAUAAAACAUUCAUUCUGUAUAUUAUAUGUUUAUAUGUAUAAUCAUCUAUACUAUUGUUACAUUUUAUUUUGUAUAGUAAUCAACUAAUUAAUAUCAACUAACCCUAGACUAUAAUAUAAUUUACAAAAUUUUUCUUUGUAUUAUCUUAUUUAUUACUUUCCAUCUUUUUUCAUUAUUGCUAAAAUUUAAAUUAAGUUAUUUUUUAUUUAAUUUCCAAAAGAAUUGAGUUUUGUUUAUUGAAAUUUAAUAUCUCAGUCUCUCCAAAUUAAAACCAUAUAUACUAAUAUUGUGUAUUAUUAUUUAAGUAAUGUAUAAUUAGUGACACAAAAUCUGGUAAGUGACUGCAUUACUAGCCAGUCAUUUUAUAUCAUUUGGUAUCAUAAAUGUACCACAUUACAUAAAAAUUACCUGUUAUACACCUAUUAUGUAAAUGUUCUGGAGUAGUUGAGAAUCUAUAGAUACUAGUUAGAGUAUGAUAGGUAGGUGAAGUAGUAUGCUGCCAAGCUUUUGUGUUGCUGACUAAAUAAACUAUAAUAGGAAUAUAAAAAUAUAUAGUAAUGAUUUAUGGAAUUACUUUCUCUAAAAAAGAAAUAAAAAUAGUCUGUACUUAAUAAAACUUAUAUUGAAUAGUUGAAAUUCAUCAUUUAAAUAUUAAAAAUGUAAAUUAGUGGAACUUUAUAUUAUCAAAUUAUUAUAAUCAAUUAAUACUUACAAGUUUUAAAACUAAUAACGGCUUUAUUUUAGUAAAAAAUAAUAAAAACAAGAAUGUUUGAACCGAAAAAAAUGUUUAUUAUAUUUUUAUUUUUAGUGUAUAAUUGAGUUGUAAAUAAAUUAAAUAUGCUGUAUCUUAGUAAUAUUAAGUGUAUUAAUAUUUUUUUUGGUGUACAAAGCAUAGUACAAAGACUCAAAUUCUUUGUUUCAUUGGUAACUUUUUUACAAUCAGCUUUCAAACAUUAAGUUUCUUUAUUUUCACAACUAAAAUAAUAUUGUCGUGUUUUCAUCAAAACUUUAUACGAGUAUAAAAAUGAUAUCAAUUUAUGAUUUGUAAAUUUUCAUAUACAUAUUCUUUUAAAGUAUUUAAAUAUUUAUUUUUCUUAGGUGUAUAGCUAUGUAAUUUAAGAAAUAUAUUUUUCUCAAUUUAAUAAUCUUGAUUAAUUAUGUAAUUAGUCAAACCAUUAGGUAUUACAAAUUACAAAAUGUUUGGAAUAAUAAUUAAGAUAAUUUAAAAUCAAAUUAAUAAAUGAACACUUAAUUUUAAUUUUAAUUUAUACUAUUUAUUUAAGAACUAUUGUUUGAUACUUUAGAUAAAUUCCAUACUUAAUACACGUAUGCAUAAUGAAUAAAAAAAUAGUUAACAAUAAAGCAAAAAAUUUGAGUCAAAAAGUUAGUAGUGAAUAUAAUAUUGUAUAAACACUCAAGUCAAUCUGUAUUAACAAUAUGUUAUAGUAAAUAAACUUAAGUGAUUGAUUUAUAUUUAAAAUUAAAUAUUAUAAUUUAUUCAUUUUACUGUUUAAUAAAUACAUAUAUAAAUAUAUAAAUAGAUUAUAUGUAAAAACAUUGUACUAUACUCAAUUAUUUUUUACUACAUUUAGUAAUAUUUUUGUCUUAUCUAUUAAAUCAAUAAUUGUACAGUAUAAAAUAUAAUAGAAUCUUAUGAACUUAAUUCAUUGUGUUAAAUUUUAUAAAUUAUAUUAAUAAAUGAUGAAAUUGUGAAAUACUAUAGUUAUAAUUGAUAUAUUUAUAAAACAUAGUUUAUUCUAUUAAGGAAAUAUCAAUGUAGAAAUUUAAUUACAUAUCAUACUUCUAGCUUUAUUACUGGAUUAGACAAAUAUAAUUAUAUUAUAUUUUAUGUUUUAUGAUAUCAUAUACUUAGAAAAUUGCCUAUAGUGUACUUUUAAAAAACAAAUUUUACACAGUAGAAUCAAGUCAUUCAAUUCAUCCACAUUCAAUAUAAAUGUACAUUUUUAAAGGUAUGAUUAGGAAUAUUAUUACUUAUGGUUCUUUGAUAGCAUAUUAUGAUAUUUCCAAGUUUAUUUCAUUCAUAUUUUUAUGUAUAAUAAGUAAAACAAGUAAUAAUAAUAAACUAAAGAAAUUCUUAAUUUAAAUAAUUUAAAAAUGUACAAUAUAUAAUUUAAAAAUAAUAUUUGUGUUAAUAAUAAUUUAAUGUUUCACUAACAAUUUUUAAGAAUUUGGACUGAGUAAUUUUUUUAAUAAAUUAUUAUAAUAUUAAUUUAUGAUUGUGAAUCAUUAUUCGUUUGUUUAUUAUUACUUCUAUUGUUCAAUUUAAUAAUUAAUAAGUAAUAGUUAUUGAAUUGCUCAUUUGUAGAGCUUUAAUAAACGUACAAAUGUUAAGAUUUUCAGUCUGAAUUAAUUUUUAAACUUAUCGUUAAAAUUUUUAGCUACAUUUUUAGUCUUUGUUGAUCCAUCAAUAGUUGUUUAGUAAAAAUUCCACAUGGUGUGCAAAUUAUGAGACAGAUCUAAUUAAUUAUGGUGCCAGAUUAUUUUUUAUUGUCAAAUAACAGUUACAUCAAAUUAAUCAAACUAUGUUAAUACAUAUUUGCUUGUUAUAUUUUUAGUAUAAACACUUAAACAUAUUACAUAUAUUAAUAUUAAUACAAUUAAUAUUAUAUUUUAAACAUUGUAUGUGUAUACAUAAUCUAUAAUUUAUUUAAGGUUUUUAAAUUACAACUAUAAAAUAAAUAAAUAGGGAAUUUUGUCUGUCAUUAGUUCACGAAAAAUGUCGGAAGAUAUUGUCUUGGAUCUUUGAAUUUAUGUAAUAAUUGGGCUGCAUUCAAUAAAUAUUUAAGAUUUACAGACUA